AUGUACCGAUUCAGCCGAUCCUCAAUGAUGAACCCAAUGGUGAACUCUGGUAUGGGCAUGACUCCCUUCUUCAAGGUGACCGUGUUUGAGCAGGAGCAUUUCCAGGGUAAAUGUCAGGAGUUCACCUCAGAGUGCUGCAACAUCCAGCAGUGCGGCUUCGACAAUAUCCGCUCCAUCCGUGUCGAGAGUGGCGUAUGGGUGGGUUAUGAGCAUCAUGAUUUCCAGGGGCAGCAGUUUAUCCUGGAGCGAGGAGAGUACCCACACUGGGACUCCUACUGUGGAAACCUGGCCUACCACAUCGAGAGGUUCAUGUCUUUCAGGCCCAUAUACUGUGCUGCUCACCAAAGCAGUCGUAUGAUGAUCUUUGAAAAGGAGAACUUUCUGGGUCGCAGUGCUGAGCUGUGUGAUGACUACCCAUCUCUGCAGGCUAUGGGCUGGUGUGGCAUGGAAGUGGGUUCCAUGCAUGUGCAGUGUGGCGCUUUUGUGUGUUACGAAUUCCCAGGCUACCGGGGCAGGCAGUACAUCAUGGAGUGCGAGAGGCACAAUGGAGACUACCAGCACUGGAAGAACUGGGGCUCUCACAGUCAGACUCCUCAGAUCCAGUCCAUCCGUAGGAUCCGGCAUUAACAGUGCAAAGUCUACAUGACCGACAUCACCGACCACCACACCUUAUACACUCUCGGUUUUAUCUCAUCAGUGUUUUUUAAUGGCAGCAGCACAACCUCAUGCACAUUGCUAUACACACCACUACACACAACCACACCCUGUACAGCCAUACUGUUCUGCGCUGAAGUGUCAAUCACAGUUUAAUGUCAGGUGCUAAACUACAUCUCCUGAGGUGGAGCACUCAACAGUGCUUAUCGAAGAUAGGUCACUGGUUAAGAGUAGCUCAAAUGUGAUGUGUAACAGGAGAAUAAAGUAUAAUGAACAACACCUACAUAAUAAAGGCAUGUUACCUCAAA